CAUCUGUUGCAUAUCCCUGGAACCUUGCACCAUCCCUCCGUGAUGUGGGCAAAGACAAUUACAGGAAAUUUUGCCAAUGUUAUUCAUGGUUUGAAUGCAAACCACUUGACAGACCAAGUCAUUCAGAGAAGCAAACGAAUGAUUCUCGAUACUCUUGGAGUGGGGCUUCUAGGUACCAACACUGAGGUCUGCCACAAGGUGACACAAUACAGCAAGACCUACAGCUCAGAUAUAUCCAGUACCAUCUGGGGCCACUUGGAUUUCCGACUGCCUCCUGUGUAUGCAGCUUUUGUGAAUGGAGUGGCUGUGCACUCAAUGGAUUUUGAUGACACAUGGCAUCCUGCCACACACCCAUCUGGGGCUGUGCUUCCUGCUGUUAUUGCACUCUCAGAGGCCUUUCCUCAGAAGAGAAAAAUCUCAGGUCUUGAUCUGCUCCUAGCUUUCAAUGUGGGAAUUGAAGUGCAAGGCCGGCUGCUGCGCUUCUCCAGCGAAGCCAGGAAUAUCCCAAAAAGGUUUCACCCACCUACUGUGGUUGGUACAAUGGGGAGUGCAGCAGCUUGUGCUAAACUGCUAGCUCUUGACCAACUGCAAUGUAAAAACACAUUGGCUAUCGCUGCCUCCUAUGCAGGUGCCCCACUGGCUAAUGCAGCAACCCAAACUAAGCCCCUCCAUGUUGGCAAUGCUGCUAAGCAUGGGCUGGAAGCAGCUUGCUUAGCAUCACAGGGCCUUCAAGGAAACAAGCAGAUCUUGGAUAUGGAGUCGGGGAUAGGUGCCUUUUAUACAGAUUACAACCCACAGACUCUGCCAACCUUGCAGUCCUAUCCGUGGCUGUUGGACCAGCAAGACGUCGCCAUCAAACGCUUUCCUGCUCACCUUGGAACACACUGGGUAGCUGAUGCAGCAUCUUCUGUUAGGAGGAAGCUUGUAGAGAGCAACAACCUGCUUCCCCUUGAUAAAAUUGAGAAAGUCAUUCUCAGAGUCCCAGAGGUCAAAUACGUGAACAGAGCCAGCCCUACCUCAGAGCACGAAGCUCGACACUCCUUCCAGUUUGUUGCGUGUUCUGCUUUGCUGGACGGCAUCAUGUCGGUCCAGUCCUUCUCCAGUGAGAACAUUCACCGGCCGGCCUUGCGGGAGCUCCUCUGCAAAACACAGCUAGAGCACCCUCCUGAUAACACACCUAGUUUUGAGAGUCUUUACUGCGAAGUGAGCGUCAUGCUUCAGGAUGGCAACAUGAUCAGUGACCGCUGUGACACAUUCUAUGGGCACUGGAGGAAACCCCUGAAAAAGGAGGACUUGGAGAAAAAGUUUCAAUCCAAUGUCUCCAGCAUCCUGCCUGCAGAAGCCACAGAAGGCAUCAUAGAGACCGUGUACAAUCUGGAGAAAGUAGAGGACUGCUCUGUGUUGAGUACAUUUUUAUCAGGACAGCCAGCUAGAGCUCUUCUGGAGAAGCUGCGCUUCCUCUGACUGCUUGAGCCAACAGCAAACACGAAAUGCAGGACAAACUCUUAUUUAGUGACUCAAGCACUUUUGAACAGGACUCCUGUAACCCAAGAGCCACACUCACUCAAAUACCGUGGGUUUUGACUAAGUAAGUAAUUUAGUGAUUAUGUGCACAACUCAGGUUGAAUAGAAGAUUCUCUGCUGGUGUGAUCGGUGGCACUUCCAUUAUCUUUAUACCUCUAGAGGCAGAGCACUCCUUGUGCACAAUACUAAAAUGUCCCCGCUCUGCUGCCAAAAGUGUCUGUAUAUUCUGCUUCUGCUAAGUAAAUCUAUAAAGGAAUUUCUGGAGGAGUAUAGACAUGCUGUGUUCGUGAGAAACACCCCUGAGAAGGGCAGAGAAUAAAUACCUUUAUAUAUUUAUUUCUGUGGAUUUCACUCUAAAACCUCCUUGAAAAAGCCACCAGUUACAUCUGAACUUUGAUGUUUGUGCUAAAAUAAACACGGCACAACACAGAAAGUAGUAGCACUCAAUGCUCUGCAACAUGUCAGGAAUCACAGGUAAAGGUUGUUGCCCUCCCUGAUCACACCAGCUGCUGAGCAAGAGGCACAACUCAAUGCUCCCCAUCAUAAAGGCAUUAUUUCCUAGUCCCAUCUUUUGGCUGCUCUGUGGUACACGUUUGUUCCUGCUGUAUUCUCACUCCAGGCCCUUGAUCAACAAGACACAAUUAGCACUAGUGAUAUGUUCAGGCACUGCAAAGCAUGGACUGCAAUACAUUUGUUGCUAGUGAAAGAGAUCUGUAAGCAUCAUACCACUUCCUAUGCUGAGACAAUUAAGUGUCCACAGUGACUCUCAGCUUACCUUCAACAAAUUCUGGGAAUUUCUAGUUCCUUCAGGAGUACAAAACCUUGCCAUAUUGUGCUUAUUAGAGAGGCUGGCCACCUUUGUUCACAAUUGUGAGAUCAAAGCAUAUGUAAA